AUGAAACUUACACUUAAAAAUAUUAGGUUUUUUUUUUUUCCAGAAUCAGGACAUACAGGAGUUAAUCAACUUGGCGGAGUAUUUGUCAAUGGACGUCCGUUACCAGAUUCUACAAGACAACGAAUCGUCGAUUUGGCGCAUCAAGGUGCUCGUCCCUGUGACAUAUCACGCUUGCUUCAAGUUUCCAACGGUUGUGUAUCAAAAAUUUUAUGUCGUUAUUAUGAAUCGGGUACAAUACGACCUCGUGCAAUCGGUGGUUCAAAACCUCGAGUGGCAACACAUACCGUUUGUGAUAAGAUUGAAAGUUACAAACGUGAACAGCCUUCAAUAUUUGCCUGGGAAAUACGCGAUAGAUUAUUGAAGGAAAAAGUUUGUACUGCCGAUACUAUACCGAGUGUAAGCCAGAUUUCUAUUUUCCAUUCUUAUGAGCAAAAAAUAGAUAUUGAAUAUACUGAUCGUUUACCCAGGUAUAUAUAAAU